AUGCAGGUCGCCGGCCGCUCAGCGCCCCGCGGGACGCAGUCCGACGCCUCCUUCCUGUCCCCGACUCGCCGCUGGGACCACGUCGCCGCUCUGCGCAGCGAAGAGAGCAGCAUCGAGCGGCACCAGCUUUUCCGACAGACCGGCGAAGUGGGCCGGCACGGCAGAUGGGUGGCUUCUUCCGCCGCCCCCUUCCUGCCUUCCUACCCUUCCUCCCCUCCACCGCCCCCCGCCUCCUCCGCUGCCUCCUCCCCCGCUGCCGAGGCCGUCGCCGCCUUCACCACCCCCUCAACUGCCUGCCUCCUUCUGGCGACCCCGUGGACCCACGCACGCUCCCGUUCCGGCUUUCCCGGACUCGCCAUGAGCGGCGGAGCUGCUCGCUUACCGCCGCCCUCCGCCCUCUGUCCACCGCCGCCGCCGCCCCUCCACGGGCCGAGCCUUCCGGAGCCGGGAGCGCGCAUCCAGGGCCGGGGUAGCCCAGCCGGGCACGGCGCACCCCGCGCCGCCCUGGGCGCCAGAGGGCCACCACCAGGUAGCAUUGGUACGUCCUUUCAAUGCCACUCAGUCCGUCAAGAUCACAUUUGUAAUGAUGACAGUGACAAGAGCGAAGGCAGUCCUAGUCCCAAGCGACAACGCCUCUCCCAUUCAGUCUUUGACUAUACAGCAGCGUCACCAGCCCCAUCACCACCAAUGCGACCAUGGGAGAUGACGUCAAAUAGGCAGCCUCCUUUGGCUCGGCCCAAUCAACACCACUUCUCAGGGGAACGAUGCAACACUCCUGCACGAAACAGGAGAAGUCCUCCUGUUCGACGUCAGAGAACAAGGAGAGAUCGUUUGUCUAGACAUAAUUCCAUUAGCCAGGAUGAAAACUAUCACCAUCUCUCCUAUGGACAGCAGCAAGCAAUAGAAGAGCCUCGAGCUUUUCACCCACCGAAUGUAUCUCCUCGUAUGUUGCACCCAGCUGGUCAUCCACCACAGCAGAAUGCAGUAAUGGUUGACAUUCAUGACCAGAUCCAUCAAGGCACAGUUCCUGUCUCAUACACAGUGACAACAGUGGCUCCACAUGGAAUACCACUUUGCACCAACCAGCACAUCCCAGCCCGUACCACGCAGCAGGUCCCAGGGUGCUCAGUGGUUUUCAGUGGGCAGCACCUUCCAGUUUGCAGUGUGCCUCCCCCAAUGCUUCAGGCCUGUUCAGUCCAGCACCUACCUGUACCAUAUGCAGCAUUUCCACCCCUCAUUUCCAGUGACCCAUUCCUUUUGCAUCCUCCUCAUAUCUCUCCACAUCAUCCUCCUCACUUGCCUCCUCCAGGACAAUUCGUUCCUUUCCAAGCACAGCAGUCACGGUCGCCACUUCAAAGGAUAGAAAACGAAGUAGAACUACUUGGAGAACAUCUUCCUGUGGGAGGUUUUACAUACUCUCCCUCAGCCCAUCCAGCAACACUGCCUCCCUCAGCUCCUCUCCAAUUCUUAACCCAUGACCCUUUGCACCAAGAGGUGUCAUUUGGCGUACCUUACCCACCGUUUAUGCCUCGAAGACUCACAGGGCGCAGCAGAUACCGAUCACAGCAACCAAUACCACCACAUCCUUACCAUCCCAGCCUUUUACCUUAUGUGCUAUCUAUGCUCCCAGUGCCACCUGCAGUUGGACCAGCUUUCAGCUUUGAGUUGGAUGUCGAAGAUGGAGAGGUAGAAAACUAUGAGGCACUCCUGAAUUUAGCAGAACGCCUGGGAGAAGCCAAACCACGAGGACUGACGAAGGCAGACAUUGAACAGCUUCCAUCCUACAGGUUCAAUGCAAACAACCACCAGUCAGAACAGACAUUGUGUGUGGUAUGCAUGUGUGAUUUUGAAUCAAGGCAGCUACUUAGAGUCUUACCUUGUAACCACGAGUUCCAUGCCAAGUGUGUUGAUAAAUGGCUGAAGGCCAAUCGUACCUGUCCAAUUUGUAGAGCUGAUGCUUCGGAAGUGCAUCGUGAUUCAGAAUGACCAAUCUAAGAGCACAAACCUGGUUUGGGUGUUCCUGGUCACAUGUG